AUGUCUUCUUCGGAUCCCACUUCUUUGCACAACCCUUACUUCUACCAGAAGCCAGGACAGAAGGACAUAUGGUCGUUGAUUAACGAAACUGCUGCCGAAGCUCAGGCCCAAUCGGGAAAGCCCAUAGUCAACUUAGGCCAGGGCUUCUUCUCGUACAACCCUCCCAAGUUUGCAACUGAAGCUGUGAAUGAAGCCUUGACCAAACCGCAGUUCAACCAGUAUGCUCAUGCCAGAGGUAAUCCUAACUUAAUAAAGGAGGUUGCCGCCCACUACCUGAAGUCGUUUGGCCGUCCUGUUGACACCUCUGAGAUCCAGAUCACCACCGGAGCCAAUGAAGGGAUGUUCUCUGUAUUCUUUGGCUUCUUAACUCCAGGCGACGAAGCCAUUGUUUUCGAGCCAUUCUUCGACCAAUACAUUCCAAACAUCGAAAUGACAGGCGCAAAAGUGAGAUAUGUCGAAUUGAACUAUCCAGAAAAGUUCAACGACAAAACUGUCACUGGUGACGACUGGGAAGUGGACUGGGAAGGCUUGGAAGCUGCUAUCAACGAAAAGACAAAGAUCAUUGUCAUCAACACGCCACACAACCCCAUCGGCAAGAUCUUUACCGAAGAAGAGUUGUUGAAAAUUGGCCAACUUGCCAUCAAGCACAAUUUGAUUCUUGUCUCUGACGAAGUUUACGAAAAUUUGUACUUCACACCUUCUUUCCCCAGACCUGCUGCUUUGGCGAAAUUGCCUCAAUUGGCUGAUAGAACUUUGACUAUCGGCUCUGCUGGAAAAUCCUUUGCUGCAACUGGUUGGAGAGUCGGAUUUGUGCACGGUCCAGCUAACUUGAUCAAGUUUGUCACGGCUGCCCAUACGAGAAUUUGUUUCUCCACUCCUGCGCCAUUGCAACAAGCUGUAGCUCAAGGUUUCAUCGAGGCUGCCAAAGUUGAUUACUUCGAAAAGACUAGACAGGAGUAUAUCAAAAAGUACGAAGUUUUUACUAAGGUGUUCGACGAUUUGGGCUUCCCUUACACCGUAGCUCAAGGUGGAUACUUUUUAUUGGUCAACUUACUGAAGUUGAAGAUUCCUGAUGACUACGAGUAUCCACCAGCAAUUGCCGACAGAGGAACCUUAGACUUCAAGUUGGCCUACUGGUUGAUCAAAGAAAUCGGAGUUGUCGGUAUCCCACCAACGGAAUUCUUGAUUCCCGACAACAGAAAGGGCAAUGGCUUAGAGAAGUGUUUAAGAUUCGCUGUCUGCAAGGAUGACCACAUCUUGGAAGAUGCAAUUGAAAGAUUGAGGAAGUUGAAAGAUUAUAUUUAG